AUUAAUUCAUACGCAGUAGUUUGCUUACUCCCCAAGAGAGGAAAGAAAAUUCCAAUGUCCGACGAACAGGUUUGCUAUAAAUUCCAAACUUCGACGACUAGAAUUCUGUUACUUCCCAACAACAUUCUCUAUUCAACAGAGGCCAUUCUGUUUCGCGUUAACAUCACGUAUACUACCGUCCGUAUAAAUCACCUCCACAGGCAACUAACAAACUCCGACACUCUGUUCGACGCCGCCGCCGGCAUGACGGACGAAUACCACCAAGAACAAACGCUGCCUCCUCUUCACCUGAAAGAUCUCAAGGCCAUUUCCGCUCUCGGUCGCGGCGCCAAAGGCUUCGUGUUUUUAGUUCAGGCGGAAGAAGACGGCGAAUUGCUAGCUCUCAAGGCCAUCUCAAGAGCUUCGGUCAAGAGGAACAAGGCUAAAACUGAUGGCAGCGACUACAGACGAAUCUGGUUCGAACGAAACGUUUUGAGGUCGUUUCAGCACCCUCUUCUUCCUAAACUGCACGGAGUGGUGUCCACUGAAAAAAUCGUUGGUUAUGUUAUUGAUUAUUGCUCCGGAGGCGAUCUCAAUGCUCUCAGAAACAAGCAAACGGAGAAAAUGUUCUCUGACGAUAUUAUCCGGUUAUUUCAGAUUUUACGCCGCGGAAUUGGUACUCGCAUUGGAGUAUCUUCACGGAUUAGGAAUAGUCUACAGAGAUUUGAAGCCGGAAAACGUGAUGAUUCAAGAGAACGGACACAUAAUGCUGAUCGAUUUUGAUCUCUCCACAAAGCUUUCUACAAAAACUCCAGAAAUUCGUCAACCAAUUGAAAAACCGCGUGAUAAUUCACCAGAUCCGAUGCCGAAGAACGCGAAGAAGUUCAAACCAUUCCACAUGUUAUGUAACUCGGGAAUUUCGCCGGAGGACAUUGUCCAUCAGGCGGACCGUCCUUUAUCCAGAUCCAGCUCAGUGGAGAAGACGAACUCCUUCGUCGGAACAGAAGAUUACGUUGCGCCGGAGGUCAUCAUAGGCAACGGCCACGAUUUCUCGGUGGACUGGUGGAGCUUAGGCGUGAUGCUAUACGAGAUGCUGUACGGGAAGACACCGUUCAGAGGCUCGAACCGGAAGGAAACGUUUUACAGAAUAUUGUCAAAGCCGCCGGAUCUUUCCGGCGAGGCGACGGCGUUGAGGGACCUGAUUGGGAAGCUUCUGGAGAAGGAUCCACAACAGAGGAUCUCCAUGCAGGAAAUUAAGGGCCACAAAUUUUUCAGAGGCGUAGAUUGGGAGUCAAUUAUAAAAAUGCCAAGGCCACCGUUUAUUCCGGUAUCAACAAGGGAUUUUGAAGCUGUGAAGGUCAAUGAUAAAGAAAUUGAGGUGGAAUCAUACAUGGAAGGAACGGUAGCGGAAUUGAAAGUUAAAGAUAGCGAAGGGGAGAAUAUGAAUAUUAGAGGCGUGUGGGUUGAAGGAUUGAAUCAUCCCACGCAACAAGAGCAUUUUUUGGUUUUUUAAUUAGAUUUGUAACUGUUGAAUAGCCUCCACUACUAGUCCACUAUAUAACAUUCUUGAUUCUUUUCAUCUCUCAAAAUGGUUGAAUUGGCUUUAGAAUGUUCGAUUAAAGUUUGAGUUGAAAGAUAUAUGCGGUUUUCAUGAGCGCGUAUCAGAAUAUUUAAUAUUAAUAAACAAUGC